AUGACGGCCAGAGUUGCUCGAACUCUGCCCCCAGCGCACGGCACGGUUGUUGUCAAUCUUUGUUCAUCCGCAGCCCAGCUUUUAGGCGCACCGAGCAAGAACCAUUGGUUGCUGCUCAACGCUCAGGAGACCUACUACUACAAGGUCAACUACGACAGGAACAACUGGCUGUUGCUCGUCAGUCAGUUGGAGACUGACCACAAGGUGAUUCACGAGUUCAACCGUGCUCAGCUCAUCGAUGAUGCCCUCGACCUUGCCCGAGGCGGCCAGCUGCAGUAUGACCUGGCGUUCGACGUGCUCGAGUACCUGCCGAAGGAGCGCCACCAUGUACCCUGGAACGCGGCGCUCACCAACUUCCAGAAGCUAGACCCGGUGCUCAGGCACACCAAGAUCUACAAAAAGUGGAAGAGAUUCGUGAACCAUCUGCUCUCGAACCAGUAUGAACGCCUCAUGUCCGAGGAGAGCAAGGACGAAUCAAUGCAGAUAUCGAUACUGCGAAGCUCUGUCCUUACGCUGAGCUGCGACUACGAGCACAAUCCGUGCGUCUCGUUCUGCCGGAGGAUGUUCGAAAACCUCAAGACCAAUUAUGACGCCGCUUACCACAUGGUGCCGUACUCGUACCGUCCCAUCGUGUUCUGCCAGGCCAUCAAGCAUGGGAACCAGAACGACUUCAACUUCCUGUGGAAGCAUUACGAGAUGUCGCCCAACACCCAGGAGCGUGUGGUGCUGCUCAAGGCGCUGUCCUGUACCACCGACCUCAAGCUCCUAGAGAGGCUGCUGCUGCAGUUGGUGAACAAGAACUCCGGCGUGGAGACGACGCAGAAGGCGGCGAACCUGCUCAACGCCAUCUCGAGCACCAGCAUAUCGGGCAGCAAGAGCGUUAUUCGCUUUAUGACCGACCACCAGGAUGCCAUGUUCAACCGGUUCGGCACGCUGCAAGGCCUUUUCGAUUCCAUCCUGCAAACAAUCGUGGACAACAUUCGACAUGAAAGCGAGCUCGAAAAGCUUCACGAAAUCUACGAGCGCACCCGAGACGUGCUACCCAGUGAGGAAGAGAAGGUGCAGCGCAUGAUACAGAACGCGCGCGAGCACAUCCGCUGGACUACGUACUUCUACCGGGACGUCGAGUCGUGGCUCGACAAGCGCUUCGUCCUCAACCACCGGGAAAGGGAACACGUGAAAUAA